AUGAGUGAAGAAACUAAAUCACCACACUCUACAUCCCUUGUGACCCGACCAGGCAUCUUCUCUAUCGGAUCCUCCAGCGUUGGGAUGCUGUCACUUGAUUGUGAAGACUCCUUUGACUCAUCAAAUCAAGUUAUCUCACAUGGAUGGAUUAUUAAUACAAAGUACUACACGGCUGAUGUAGCUCUAUGGAUGGCUCAUCUUCAUGAAGGAUUUUCAAUUGGAUCACUUCCAUUUUACAACAAGCUUACUGCUUUGGUUAUGGUUUUUGACUUGUUAUCAUCUCUUGUUGCACUUAAGGAUUGGAUCGCUGGAACUGAUAUUAGCAACUUUUUGAUAUUGUUGUGUGUUGGGAAUAAAGUUGAUCGGAUUCCUGGUCAUCCUGUUCAUGCUAAAUAUAGAAAACAGCUAAGGAGAAUUGGAGAGUUGGGGUCUUUUGAUAAUCUGAGUAGUUUGUUGGAUGAUGAAGAAGAGUCAUUGCGGGAGAUGAAGAGGUCCUGUAUUGAAUGGUGCACUGAGAAUGGCAUUGAGUACAUUGAAGCUUGUGCUUUGAAUGUUGAUUUGACAAAUGUGAGUACCAUCUUCUAUCUCCAAGUUUCAAUGAUCCUGAAAUUUGACAAUAAGAUAUCUCGACCAACUUUACCUGAUAAAGAAGCUGAAACACGGGACGACUCAUAUGGAGGAUGGGUUUCUGCAAAUGGUACAACUGCCAUUCCAGAUGUAGGGGGGUCAGUUGCUGAAAAUAAUUCUAUCAAAGAAUGUGAGAAUGAGAACAGAGAAAAGUUUGGUAAAGAAGACAUACAGCCCUCGUCAUCAGCAAUGGAAUUGCUGAGUGAUAAGGGAGUGGUGCCUAAUGUACAAGAGCCUCGUGAAAAUUGA